AUGUUAUCUAUCUAUCUAUCUAUCUAUCUAUCUAUCUAUCUAUCUAUCUAUCUCUCUAUCUAUCUAUGUAGAGAAACCAAGACACAUGCAUAUCUAUCUAUCUAUCUAUCUAUCUAUCUAUCUAUCUAUCUAUCUAUCUAUCUAUGUCUCCGGUUCUUGGUUGAGUCUGCCAAAGCGCCAUCAAUGACUGACAGCCGAUUGCUCCUGCCUCCACCUUCCCUACGCCUGAUGUUGGUCUCGUGUCUCGCGCCUCUUCGCUUUUGGUUAACAAAUCGUAUCUAUCUAUCUAUCUAUCUAUCUAUCUAUCUAUCUAUCUAUCUAUCUAUCUAUCUAUCUCAGUGUAGAGUUGUGCCGGUUAAUACUAGCACUUUCUGUCUCACACUUCAUAACAUUUUAUGUUACACUAAGAAUUCUCUCUCUCUCUCUCUCUCUGUGUCUGUGCGCGAACCCGCUCGUCCGAAAUUGGCUCUUAUAUUCCUGCCUGUGAUGUUUGAGAGACUCACCAACUCCUCCCCAGUUUGGUUGUUUAUCUACCUGUCUCUAUUAUGCAGCUCGUUCCUGCGGAUUCACGCGGUUCUGCACACAGCGGCUAUCAGAUCACCUCAGGCCAAACCAGCACCGACCAUUUUGAUGAUAAUGACAUAUUAUACGAAAAUUGUCAGCACGCUCUCGCCUCCGUGCAUCUGGAUCGUCAUCCUCUCUCUCUCUCUCCCUCCCUCCCUCUCUCUCUCUCUCUCUAUUCCCCACGGUCCACUACACUAUCUAUCUAUCUAUCUAUCUAUCUAUCUAUCUAUCUAUCUAUCUAAAUUAUAG